AUGGGGGUCAUCUAUCAACAUACUUGCGUCUACACAUCACAACAAAUUGGUAUUGUAGAGCGCAAGCAUCGACAUAUCAUAGAGAUGGCUAGGGCUUUACGUUUUCAGGCAAAUCUCGCUAUUUCUUUUUGGGGGGAGUGUGUUCUCACCGCCAUGUACUUGAUCAAUCGUCUACCCAUUGCCCUUUUGUCCAAGCAAUCCCCCUAUGAGAAGUUGUACCAUAAACCUCCUUUUUAUACUCACCUCCACAUUUUUGGUUGUUUAGCCUAUGCCACAAUUGUCCAACCUUCCCAUAAAUUUUAUCCUAAAGCCAAGCAUUGUGUCUUUCUCGGUUACCCUUUUGAACCUCCACAUCCUGUUUUACCUCUUCCUUUAUCUGAUUUGUCAUCUACUCCACUUAUCUCUCCAGACCUACCCUCACCACGUCCUCCAUCUCCUUUUGCCCCACUUAAUCUCACGGCUUCUUUUGACAUUGCUACCCUCGUUUUCCCCUCCGACACCGUUGCCGCAUCACCUCCAUCACAACUUUCUUCUCCUUCUGUACUACCAGCCCCCAUUCGCCACUCUCUUCGCCAAAAGGUUAAACCAACUCGUCUCCAAGAUUAUGUCUUCUCACAAGUCACUUUAUCCACGCUUGACCAAUCGUUGAACUCCUUGCCAUGUCGCACCACAGAGGCUGUUUCUAAUCCACACUGGCAAGAGGCCAUGCAAUUUGAACUUGCAACUUUGGAAUCCAAUCAGACUUGGCCCCUUACUUCUCUUCCUCCCGGGAAGCAACCCAUCGGAUGCAAAUGGGUCUAUAAAAUAAAGCAUCGCUUUGAUGGCACCAUUGAGCGCUAUAAGGCUCGUCUCGUGGCCAAAGGAUACACUCAAAUUGAAGGUCUUGACUACCACGACACAUUUUCUCCUAUUGCCAAGAUGGUUUAUGUUUGGUGUGUUCUUGCUCUUGCCGCUGCCCAUAACUAG